AACUCGACAGCACGCCGCGAAGUAGGUGUUAGUGCGUAUAGAAUGUAACUAUGGUCCAACUAGAUUCGUAGAGUAUGCGAUGGAAAGACUCGAUCGCCGCAUAUAUGUACUAUAAAGAUAGAGCCCAUCUGCUCUUUCGAAGUCGGCGCAUUUUUUUUUCUUAAAAUUAUUUUAUCUGAUUGAAUUUUAGACCAGAAAGGAUAUUCUAGCGGUUCUACGUACCUCCUACUCGCCUGAUCUAUGUAACUUUAUGUAACUUCCUGUUACCACAUUUAAAUUCUACAUCAAAUUUUUAAACUGUGACAAUAUUAAAAAAAUCGUGAAAAAUCAACUGAAGAUUAAAUAAACAUCGCGUGUUACAUUUUUCCAAUAAUUAAAUAACAAUUAUCAGUUUUGUUUAAUAGUAAAUGAAGUUAAUUUUUUAUUAAAUGAUCGUGUCACUAGAUAAUUAUCGAACAAACAAACGAAGCAAUUGCUAGUUACCGUUUAUAAAUAAUGGACAAACUUCUGUUUCACGUCAGUCACCGACACCCGUUCUGUUCGGCUGAUUUCAUUUUUGUUUUAUCGAUAUCUGUAAAUAUCUUCAGUGCCGUUCCAUCGAAAUAAGGUGCAAAAGAAUUUCAUUGCAGUUUGACAUUUUAUUAUCUUCGAUGAAGAGAACAUAAUUUCUUCCGAUGAAGAAAUUUCAUUAAAAUCAUAAAACAGUACUUAUAAGUACAGGAUUCUUGUAAAGAACAAGCAAAAUUAUCAAAAGUGCAGAAUGGUAGUGCGUAAAGUAGAGAACAACGCGUCGAAAAAAAUAACUGUUUGUGGAACGUCGUCUGGAGAAAAAUCAAAAUUCAAAAAUGAAGCAUGCACAAGUGCACCGCCGAAGACGUGUAUUCGAUCUGCUGAACAUAAACCAAAUCAUUCAAAAUAUUGCUGCUCAUGCAAUGGAAAGGAGUGGGAAAAAAGAGUAAUUAAGCACACAGGAAGACUACCAAUAACUCCUAUGAAGAAAAAAAUAGUAGCUCCAAAAGUAUUAACAAAAGAAGAAUAUAAGAAAUAUCAAGAAUUAUGUCCUACAACAAAAGAGGAGCAAGAAAUGGCUGUCACAAUGAAAGAAGAAGAAAGACAAAGACUUAUAAAAGAAAGUAUAGAUAGAAAAGAAGAAUUUCGCAGAAUAGAUAGAGACAACCCUAGAGAAAAAUCUGCAAAACUGAUUGAAAUUGAAGAAGAUGCUAGAAGAAGAGCAAAACAUAUACUUGAACGAGCAGAAAAUUUAAAACUUGAACAGGAGGAGGAAAUUCAAAAAUGUAAUAGGAUUAUUUUAGAAACUAAAUGCCGAGCUAUCCGUGAUGCACAGAUAGCAGAAAAAAAAUUAAUUGAACAGGAGUUAGAAGAAGAAGAACAACGUCUUAACGACAUGAUGGAAAAUGAAAGAAGAUGGGCAAUUAAAGAAGAAUUUAGAAAAGAACAAGAAGAAGCAGCUAAGAGACAAAAAUUUGCUAAUAGUUUAAUGGAUCAAAUAAAAGACAAUGAAGAAUAUAGGAUGUUAGAGUUUGAAAGGAAACAAGAAGAAAGUCGAUUAAUUAACUUAAGCAACAUUGCUUGGCAACAAGAACAAAUUGCUAAAUUACGCAAUAAAGAAGCUGAAAAUGCACGAAUUCGACAAGACCUUGCUACAGUAAAUGAGCAGCUGAAACACUUGAAAGCCAUGGAAGAACAGGAAAAUAAAAUCAUUGAUCUCAGGAUACAAGAAUAUCAGACAUAUAAGGAAGAAAGAGAAGCACGAUUAGCGGAGGAACGUAGAUUAGAAAAAUUAAAGAAAGAACAGACCAAGGCAAAAGUUGCAACACAAUCACUGCAAGCAAGGGAUUAUCAAGAACGAAUCGACGAAUUAAACGCUGCUCGAAUUCAAGAGGAAGUGGAACGAGAAUGGAGACAAAAAGAAAAGGAAGAAGCUUUAAGAAGAGCGGAAGCUCAUAAAGCUCUUACAGAGGAAAGACAAAAGCAAAUAAAUAACAAACGAAUAAUGCUAGCAAUUGAAUUGGAACGAGAGCGACGUGAAUUUGAAAAAAUCGUACGAGUUCAGAAAGAAGCUUUCUGCCGGGAACAAAAAGAAAUUGAGAAAAAACAGAAACAAGCUUUACUUCAUAGGAGCGAGAUAUUAAAACAGGUAAAUGAAAAAGAAAGAGAACGUAUUGAAGCAAGACAAAAAAUGUUUGAGGAAGGUUUGGCAAUUCGUACAGAAACUGAAAUACGCAAGAAAAAAUUGCGCGAGGCAAUGGAAAGGAAAUGCAAUGAAAUGAAAAAUAACAAAGUACCUGAAAUGUAUAUCAAUGAAGUAAAACGAAUGAUUGAUAACAUAAAAUAAAUAUAAUAAAUAUA